UACACAAAGUUCAUGUAUUCCCACUUCUAUUUCUAUAUAAGAGAGCACAAGCCUAAUCAAAACUAGAGCCACAGACCCAUUUGGACCCUUCAAUCUUUUUCUCUCUCUAAGCCUGCUAUCAAAGAUGUUGAAGCUUCAGUUGCCAAGGUCUGAGUUUGCUGCCCAUCAAUCCCAACUUCUGUUGCCUAAGCCAUUCCUCUCAGGCCAUGAGAGUGCAAAGCUUGCAAUUUGGCAAAGGCCAGCUUCUCUGUUUCAAAACCAUAAGAGCUGUUCUAUUCGAGCCCGUCUUCCUUCUGUUGAUACUAAACCAGCUCCUAGGACUCUGCCGACCGAGCUUUCUUUCAGCCGAAACAGUUUUCCACCAGGUUUCUAUUUCGGUACAGCAUCAUCGGCAUAUCAAUAUGAAGGUGCACCUUUCGAGGGUGGCAAAGGCUUAAGUAACUGGGAUUAUUACUGUCACACACAUCCUGAUCAAAUGAAGGAUAAAAGCAAUGGAGACGUGGCAGUGGAUUUUUACCACCGGUAUAAGGAGGAUAUAGCUGCAAUGAAGGAUAUGGGGAUGACUUCCUUCAGAUUCUCAAUCGCAUGGACCAGAAUAUUUCCAGAUGGAAAGAAAAGUGGAGGAGUGAACAGGGAAGGGGUUCAGUUUUACAAUGACGUCAUCAACGAGCUUCUAGCCAAUGGUAUCGAGCCUUUUGUGACUCUAUUUCACUGGGAUGUUCCUCAAGCUUUGGAAGUAGAGUACGGUGGUUUCUUGAGUACUAAAAUCAUAGAUGAUUUUCGAGACUUUGCGGAAGUUUGCUAUGGAGAAUUUGGUGAUCGUGUGAAGUACUGGAUGACCUUGAAUGAGCCAUGGACCUUCACUACAAAUGGGUACGUGUCUGGAGCCUUCCCACCAUCAAAGACUGAUAAUACUGGGAUGGAUCCAUAUACAGUAGCCCAUAACUUGCUCCUAGCUCAUGCAGCUGCAGUAGACGUAUACAGGAAGAAGUAUAAGGCAACUCAAAAUGGCCAGAUUGGGAUUACACUGAAUUACUUUUGGAUGGUUCCGUACUCCGAUAGCCCCGCUGAUCAGGACGCCGCUGCACGAGCGUCUGAUUUCAUGUUUGGAUGGUUUAUGGAGCCAGUUACCACAGGUGAAUAUCCAAAAUGGAUGAUUGAUCUUGUUGGGCCAAGGUUGCCAAGAUUCUAUAAAGAGCAAUCUGAUUUGUUGAGAGGAUCAUAUGAUUUUCUUGGGUUAAACUACUAUACUGCAACCUAUGCUCAGGAUAGAGUUCCAGAUCCCAACCCAUGCUAUACGACUGAUUCAUGUGUCAAUCAAACAGGUACAAGGGAUGAUGUACCUAUUGGUAUACCGACUGCUUCAGAGUGGCUUUAUGUGUAUCCAAAGGGAAUGCGAGACAUUCUAAUUUACAUAAAGGAAAAAUACAACAAUCCUGUUAUCUAUGUUGCCGAGAAUGGAGUUUCUGAUGAUGCCAAGAUUCCAAUGGACCAAUCUCUCAAAGAUGAAUUGAGAAAAGUUGCCUUGCGAGACCAUCUCAAAUUCCUUCUUAAUGCCGUGGAGAAUGGGGUGGAUGUGAAGGGUUUCUUCAUGUGGUCUUUUCUGGAUAACUUCGAGUGGGAUGCUGGUUACACGGUUCGUUUUGGUAUCAAUUAUGUGGACUUUGAAAACGGACUGAAGAGAUACCCAAAGGAAUCAGCACAUUGGUUUAAGAACUUCCUCAAGUCAGGCUGAAUUUAGAAAUGAAGGAUCCAAAAUCACCUUUUAGCAAAAAAUAAAAUAAAAAUGGAGGAUCCUUAGUAUCUACUCUAUCUAUUUAUAAUAAUACUAUUACUAUAUUAGGUGAUUUGUAUUAAGAAUCUCAUGGUAUUUUAAUUAAGCUACCCGAUCUCUUGUGUUAUUUAUCUUGGAUAUUAUGCUUAUGACUAUCAUCUUUUAUCAUCACUAUGUUUGAAAUUAUACUUUCAUUGAAUUCAUGUGUGCCCACAUGGUUCAUCUA